AUGCUGAGGAUGAUAUGGAUGACGAGGAAGUGGCAGAAGACUGAGACCCGAAGAAGGAAAAACGAAAAUGGCGAACCAGUAUCGGGGAAGAAGAAAGGAAAACAGAUCAAAGAAGUAAAGAAAAAGAAAGAUAUAUCAAAAGAGCUUGAGGGUAUUGAUACAAGCAACAUUGUAUCGAGUACAAGCUUUAUUCCUCCAAUGCCAAAGAUAACAAGCGAGAGUGAGAGUGAUGAAGAAGAAGAGUCUGCGAAUGGAGAGGAUAACGAUGAAGAAGAAGAAGAAGAAGAAGAAGAAGAAGAAGAAGAAGAAGAAGAAGAAGGUAAUGAAGAAGCUGAGGAAGGAAGCCAAAGCGAAGAAGAAUCAAACAAUGCUGAGAAAUGA